GGAGGCAGAGGGACUGUAGCGUAGUCGUAUAUGUCAGCCUCAGAAGCUGCGUGGGUCGCUCGGCUCCCUCACGCCAUUGUUGUUGUUGUGAAAAAGACAGAACAAAGGACUCCCCAUGCCAUGGACCCCUUAUACCUUUUGCCGGCUCAGCUGUUCAAUGAUCACACCCUGAUGGAAUGCUAUUGAAAUGAAUAUUAAGGAGCACAGCAGGCGCUAACUGAGCUGGCACACACUCAGAGGCAACAAGGAAACUGAAUAACAAACUGAGGCAUCAUCCAAAGUCCUUCUCCUUCUCCGCUCCUGCUUUCCGGAGGCUCGUCCGCCUUCUUUUCCCGGAGAGUGGUCACCGCUGAUAAGGUUUCAGUCCACUCUGUGAGCGCUCGGUCGCGGACGUCGCUGUGGCUUAUUUGUUGAAGGGGUUGCUGUGGAUACUGACGGUAGGGAGGCUGCACUGGAGCCAGAGGCAAGAGUGAACAAGCCGCCUGCUGCAGAGAGUGCCGCGACUGGAGCAGAUGCGGCUGAGUCAGGCUAAGCAAACGUGAGACUCACGCCACGUUUUCUGCGAAGGCUGCAUCCAGCGCACGAGGACCGAGUCCCCCCCCCCCUCGAUCGCUGCUCCCUCGCGUCUCGCCUCUUCCCGGACUUUAUGCGGAGUGAGUUGAUGGAAGUGGAGGAUGUAAAUGACCGGCCCAGCCAGAUGUGUUGGCAUCGCAGGUCAUGUGAUUUCUCAUGAGGGCUGGGUGAAGCGGUGGAGGGUCUGGUAGACCCUGGAGCUUCUCUUCCUCUCUGUGACUGCAUGAAUAGUGACGCUUGAAUGAGAAAAAAGCAAUGCGGGCAACAGUAAUCCUGGUGCAGGUAAACCCAGGUGAGGCCUUCACUAUUCGACGAGAGGAUGGUCAGUUUCAGUGUAUCACAGGUCCUGCUCAGGUUCCCAUGAUGUCUCCAAAUGGUUCAGUGCCUCCAAUCUAUGUGCCUCCUGGAUACGUUUCACAGAUCAUAGAAGAGAACGGAGUACGGCGGGUUCUGGUUUUACCUCAGCAACCAGAGUACCACCCAGGGGGCCACUCCCCUCUCCACCAUCCUCCACCUCCACCCCAUGCCCACCUGCCUGCCUUUAUCCCACACCCUGCCAUGAUGGCCCCUCCGCCUCACCUGUAUACAAGCAUGGCGGGCGGCGUGGGCGACAUGGGUUCUCAGUACAUCUCUCAGUACCAUCCAGCUCAUAUCUACUCGGAGCAGGUCUCUGCAGAUACUCACUCCCAACACGGACGCCCGCUGUUUGUUCACCGAGACGACAGAAGUAGCAAAACGCACGAGCGUCUGCAGAAGAAGCUGAAGGAGCGUCAGAGCGGCGGCAGCGGAGGAGGUGGAGGUGGAGGAGGAGGAGGAGGAGGUGGAGGAGGUGGUGGUGGAGGAGGAGGAGGAGGAGGGCAAGCGAAGGACAGCCCUCCUUCGUCACCGCAGAAGACCUGCAACAGCCCCCAAACGGUGGACAUUCAUAACGGCGUCGGAGGGAAAGGGUUGGAGGCGGAGCAGCUCAGGCACGGCCCCGACAAGCAGACGGGAAAGGGGAAAAACGGAGAGUCGGGAGAGCUGGACAAAGAGGCUAAGGCUCUGCAGGCGCUGUUGAGUACCAUCAGCAAACCAGUGGUGUCGGACAUCCAGGCCAGACGAGCAGUAGUGAGCUGGAGUGCGCCCGCCAGGCCAGAGAGUGAGAAUGGCAGCGCGGAGGAUGACUGCAGCCCCCCGGAGGCCCUCAGUUUUGAAGUCUCCGUCUCGAUUGGCGGCAAAGAUGAAAAGUACCAGAGCAUGUACUGCGGAGAAGAACUAAGUGCUACUUUAGACCUUCGACCAGCAACAGACUAUCAUGUCAGGGUCCAUGCGAUGUGUAACUGUUUACAGGGAAGCCCAUCAGAGGCAGUGAGCUUCACCACUUUAAGCUGUGAGCCGGACCCUCCCAAUCCCCCCAGGAAGGCCAGCGGGACCAAGAACACACUUGUACUCCAGUGGAAGGCUCCAUGUGACAACGGCUCCAAAAUUCAGAACUAUAUUCUUCAGUGGGAUGAGGGGAAGGGCACUGGCGUAUAUGAGCAGUGCUACUACGGAUCUCAGAAGCAGUACCGAGUGACCAAACUUUCUCCAGCUUCCAGAUACUCCUUCCGCCUCGCAGCCAAAAACGACAUGGGCUUAAGCGAGUUCAGUGAAGUGGUGGACCUGUUCACCUCAUGCAGUGUGCCAUUGCCGCCCUUCCCUCCAGAGCUGGAGAAGGCAGGUGUGACCUGGCUGUGUCUGAAGUGGCAGAGGCCCUCUAGCUCUCCAAAGGAGGAUGACAUCUACUAUGUUUUGGAGAUGGAGGAGGAAGGCUCGGGAUAUGGCUUCAAGCCGAGCUACGACGGCGAGGAACUCUCCUGCACCGUGAAGAACCUCCACAGGAGCACGAAGUACAAGUUUAGGGUGGCGGCAUACAACUCGGAGGGGAAGAGCAAUCCCAGCCAGGUGGUGGAAUUCAUCACAAACCCAGAUAGACCCAGCUGUCCCAGCAGGCCCGUCAUCAGAGGGAGAGUCCUGCCCAACAGCUUCAAGAUGGUCUGGGAGCCGCCUAAAGACAACGGUGGAGCAGAAGUCACCAAGUAUGUGGUGGAGCUCUCCGAGGGCUUAAGUGGCUUAGCCUGGGGGCUGGUGUAUUCGGGCCCGGCUUUGGAACAUGUGUGCGACGGUUUGAAGCCCGGCUGCUCCUACCAGACGAGAGUUUACUGCAUGAGCGAGGGGGGGCAGAGCCCGCUGUCAGAGACCCUGCAGGUCCAGACUCCCGCAGUGCCCCCAGGGCCCUGCCAGCCCCCCCGGCUGGUGGGCAAGCCCAAAGCCAGGGAGGUGCAACUGCGCUGGGGUCCCCCUCAAGUGGACGGAGGAAGUCCUGUGUCCUGCUACAGUGUAGAAGUGAGUGGGCCGCAGUCCGAGGAGAGCAGGGAGGUUUACCAGGGUCCAGAUCUGGACUGCUCUGUGGCAGGGUUACUGCCGGGCAAAACCUACAGCUUCCGACUCAAAGCGGCAAACAAAGCUGGGUUCGGGCCCCUUUCGGAGCGCUGCGAGCUUACAACUGGCCCCGGGGCCCCCGAGCAGUGCAAAGUCCCUUCCACCACAUGCAAAUCCCCCAGCUGUGUUGUUAUUAGCUGGGAGGCUCCUCCUUGCAACGGGGCUCCAGUGACGGAGUUUCGCCUGGAGUGGGGAGCAGCCGAGGGCACCAUGCAGGUGUGUUACAGCGGACCAGGACUCAGCCAUGAAAUGAAGGGGCUGCUGCCUGCGACCAACUACUUCUGCCGGGUGCAGGCUGUGAACGUGGCUGGCGUGGGACCCUUCAGCGAGGCGGUGCUGUGCCUGACGCCCUGCUCCGUGCCCGCAGCCGUCAGCAACAUCUACGUGCUGAAGGAGUCCGAGCUGCUCAGGUACGAGACUCCGGUCGAUGACGAAGACGAGGAGGAUGACGAGGAGGAGGACGGCGUUUCCAGGCGGCCGCCGCCGCCGCUCUACUCUCCGUCCACUUGCCUGGGCAUCUGCUGGGACCCUCCGUGCGAUCACGGCUCCGAGAUCACCUCCUACCUGAUCGACCUCGGAGAGCGACAGCCCGUCGUUGUCGGUCCCGUCACCAAACACGUCAUCCAGCAUCUGCAGCCUGACACCAGCUACAGGAUCCGAAUCCAAGCCCUGAAUAGCCUGGGAGCAGGCCCCUUUAGUCACACCUUUAAGCUGAAGACGAAGCCCCUGCCCCCGCAGCCUCCCCGCCUGGAGUGCACCGCCUUCACCCACCAGACCCUCAGGCUCAAGUGGGGCGACGGCCCAGCCAAAUCCGCCACCUCAGACGCCCUCCAGUAUCAGCUGCAGAUGGAGGACAAGAGCGGCAGGUUUAUAUCCUUGUAUAAAGGACCAUGCCACACACACAAAGUCCAGAGGCUUAAUGAGUCUACCUCUUACACGUUCCGCAUCCAGGCCUUUAAUGAGGCGGGCGAAGGGCCCUUCUCCAAUGUUUACACAUUCACCACCCCGCGCUCCCCUCCAGCCCCCGUGAAAGCCCUUAAAGUGGAGCGCUUGGACGACAACUCCUGUGAAGCCACAUGGGAGGCUCUGCAGCCCACGAAGGGAGACCCGGUUAUCUACACCCUGCAGUGCAUGAUGGGAAAUUCAGAGUUUAAACAGGUCUACAAAGGCUCCGCCACCUCCUUCCAUGUCCAGAACCUGCAGCCCAGCAGCGACUACCGCUUCCGAGUGUGCGCUAUCAGGCAGUGUCAGGACGCCCCGGAGCUGAGCGGCCCCUACAGCCCCACAGUGACCCUGUCCCCCCAGCGGAACGACGUGGCGCCGGGCGGCAGCGCGGCCGGCUCGGGCUCCAAGGCCGGCGCCGAGUCGGCCCGGGCCAGACAGAGCCUGUCGGACGAGCAGUGCGCUUUCCUCCUCCUCAUGGUUUUCGCCGUCAUCGCCAUCCUCAUCGCUUUUGUCAUCCAGUAUUUUGUCAUUAAAUGAGCAGUUUGCGCCACCCAGCUCUAGGGUUAUAGCUUUAUUCCCCCCCUUCCCUUCCCCCCCCCCCCCCCCCCCCCCCCCCCACCCACCCACCCGUCUCUCUGUUGUUUUGUAUUCUUUGUUUUGUACUUAACUUGUUCUCCCGUUUCAACGGAGUAAUCGCAUUAUUAGGAGGGUGAGCUGAUGAUAAGUGGAGGAUGUAACAUCUCAUUUGGCACCUGUGAUUCCUUCCUUCCUGACCUCCCCCUCCCCUCCUCCUCCUCCUCCACCACCCUCUCUCUCCUUCCUUCCUCCACCCCUCCGCCUCUUGUCACCCCGCCCCCGACUUUUGUGCUACCUGUUCUGAAUCCCUCAAGAUCAGCACCGUGUGUAAAAGGAACUCAGAAAGCGUAGGUUAAUUUUUUUUGGGGAGAGGAUCGGGAGGAAGCGGCGCAUAUAUAAAAUGUAUAGAAAUACUCAUUAUUUAUAUUUCCAUUUACGUGUCCUGUAUGAAACAGUUUUUUGAUAGAUGUGCUCCUAAAAAUAGUAUGUAGGUGUGUCAUUAGCCUAUGUGCUAUUUUGAUCCUGGGACCUGGUGGGCCAGUGUUUGCACAGUGAGGUGCGUUUGCGUCCAGAUGUGUAUACUGUAUGUAGUUUGUGCCACCGCGGUACACGGCUGGGAGGGCUUCAGGGCCAGAUGAAGGGACUCAAACCCAUCACAACUCCACUCUCCACGCCUGGAGCUGGAGGAGUCUAGUGAGAGGAGGAAAAGAAGAAGAAGAAGAAGAAGAAAACAAAAUCUUGUUCACUAUUAUAGAACGUUCAUUUAGCACUUUCCGACCUUUUUUGAUGUUCAGAAUGUUUAAGGAUGCAAAAAUGACUGGAGAAAUGUUAGUAUAUUUUUGUACAGUGAAGAGACGAGGAUCUGUAAGUUUGAGGAAAAAAAAAAAAAAAGAAGACGACUCUCAGUAUAAAGUUAGAAAACAAAAACCAAACUAACAGUGAAUUCUAAUUAUUUUUACUAUCAUAUAGUUAUACUGUAGCUUGUUUUUACAAUCAUGCAGCUGCUUUACUCUGAGAUAUUAUUGUUCAGCACAAAAAAUGUAUGCUUUCUCGUAUGUUUUGUUUUAUUUUGUCCCCCUCCCCGUCGCCCGCCGCCCCCCCGCCCUCACCCCCCACCCCCCCUCUCUCUCGGUUAAUUGAGUUUUGCACCUUAGUGAAAGAAAAAACCUCGACUGACUGCGUCUUGGUCUUGUGAUGCAUUUUAUAGAACACACUUUGAGAUUGUGCGAGCCCUACUUGUGUUUUUUGGGUGUUUUAAAAGUUGUAGUAUCACAUGAUGUGUCACUGAAACAGCUAAUCUAUAAGCAAAAAAAAAUAAAUAAAAGAAGAAAAAAAAACUAAUAAAAAGAAGUAUGUUGUUUCAGAGGCCUUAAUUGGAGAGGAAAAAAAAUCUCGGGAGAAUUUUUUUCUUAAUUUCCUUUAGUUUCUUUUAGUGUUAGAUAACACUAUUUUAUUUUAUUUUACUUAUGCAGCAUUCAUUUUUGAUGUUAGUAGACACGUGUAAUCAUGAGAGAUAUUAGUUCUGUGUAUUAAGAUUUAUUUUGGUUUCUUUCGUCAGGUCAUACAUGUGUGAAGUAUAUUUUUUUAUAAUGUUGAAGUAAUAUAAGUUAAUACUCUCCAUACAGAAGAUAAUAAAUCCUGAGUAGUCAUGAAUCGUGGAAACGGCGGAUACGAAAGUGUGUUAUCAUGUACUUCCUGUGAAUCUAAAUUUGCCUUUUUCUCUGUGUGUUAAGUAUUUGUAACAGGUUGCCGACGCCGAGCCUUCGGUGCUGAUGAUCUGGCUGUAGGGUUUAGUGUUGUUUGGUUUUGGGCAGAUAAUUUGCUGUUGAAACUGUAAAAAGAAAAAGAAAAAAAAAGAUAUUGAAAUACAGGUACCUUGCAAAACGUCCUGCAUAAUUAAAUGAUUUGGUCCUUUAGACAUUCUGCUAAUGUCUUCUCUUUGUCAGUUGGAAGAAUUCAAAUCCCUAUUUUUGAUAGCGAUUGUGUGCCAUUUUAACACCUCUUCACCCUGGGCUCCCUCCCUUCGGCUGAGGAGAUUGACAAAAUGCUACAAAAACCAGUAAAAUAUGCACAAAAACAGAGACCAUUUUUAUGUAAUUUUAAUGUUUGCAGUUACCUCAUACACCGUACAUUCCAAAAUGAAAAUUUGUUAUACUAUACAUACUACCAAGACAUAUCACUUUACAAUGUUCGUUAUGGGAAAAAAAAAUGUAUAAUCAUAGACAUGUAUCUAAAGUGUAUCUGUAUAGCCAUGAUAUCUACAAAGGAUCCAUGCACAAUAAAAGAUUUAUAAUUCUUCA